AUGGUGCGCGGUGGAGGCGUCACCCCCGUUACGAGGCCGCCGCAUAGCCCGGUUACGGGUGUUCGCAUAGCUUUUGACGCAGCCCUCUUCAUGGUGGCCUCCGCUGCUGGCUGUGAUGUCAUUCACGCUUCGGGUGACGCGGCAACGCUGCUCUGUAGACUUGCCGCGUGCCCACCGCGGCCCGAGGGCGCAGGUGGCGCGGCAAAAGGCUCUGUGCCGGACGUGGAGGUGCUGAUCUUGGAUGCGGUGGAGAUUGUCUUGGCGGCGUACAACGAAUUCCCUGUCGCCUCCGCCGCGGAUGCACAGGCGGCGCCGAAUUCUCUUCUACUGCGUGCCUCCCUCACGAACCUCCGCACGCUUUCGACGCUGCUCUCCUAUCGGCCGCCGUUUUCAUCGCCGGUGCUGGCGGCGCUUUUUCAACUCACAAUUUUGGUGGUGAAGCAUGCCCCACUUGAGGCGCUGGAUGAGGAGGGGUGGCGUCUGCUGCUGUGCCUUCUGGAGCUCCUUGGGUGCCUGCCGCGCGGCAAUGAGCCCACCGGGGUGCCAAGCAUCCAACGCGUGGCCCGCAUCACGGCGCGAAACGUCAUGCGCCGCGUGGGGCCGCGCCUUUCUCCCUUUGCUAUUCCCGCCUCACCACAGGCGAAGGGAACGGCUGCGGCGGGCGCCGUCGUGGGAGGGCAGCUGGAUCGGGAGCUUAUUCCUUGGGUAGCGCGUCAGCUGUUGCCGCUGCACGCCGUCACAGGGGCCGCGGCGCAGGCGGACCUGAAGGAGGACCGUCGUCUCGCGCUCUCGCUGCUGGAGUUCAUGUUGCUUGGCGAGGGGGAGGAGGGGGCGGGCGGACUCGCGGGCGGCCACCGGAUCUCAAUGCACUACCUUGCCGACGCCGUUGCCGCGCUUCUCGAGGAGAAGGAAGAGGAAGGAGGCGUUGGCGGCCACGACAGAGAGGUGGCACUCGCCUUUUUGCGUCGGGUCGAUCGUGCCCUUUUAACCCCCUCCGUAGAACAACCGAUGGCCACGGAAAGUGCGGGAGCGAUGUGUGAGGUGGGGACGCGCCACGCGCCACCACUGCGGGCGCGGGAGGUUCGCGAGUUCCUGUGUGCGAAGGAUGCGGCGUACGUGGCAGAGUUUACCCAGUUGCAUGAGCGCAUUGAGGAGGAGCAGGAAAGCCAGGCUGCCCUCCAGCGGCAGCUUGUGGGGCUCACUCAGGAGUGUGCACGCGUACAAAAGGAGCUUCAAGACGACGUGCUUCACGCCCUUCAGGGGGGCGACGAGGCCACGCCAGGCAGCACGUUAAUGGAAUGCGAUGCACUGCACAACCGAACUUCAGAGGCGUUAGCCUCUUCUUUGCAAGAGUGGGUGCAGAAUUUGCUGAGUUUUCUGCGACCGGUGGAGGAGCUUACCAUUGCCCUGCAUGAGGAGCAGCAGCGACAACGCACCUCUUCUUGA